ACGAGACGGGGAGCCGUUUGAACCGUAACUGUGCGAGGCGGAAACAUUGAAAUUGGACGAUUUGUUUAUAUAUAUAUCUAUUAAUUAUUAAAAACAAAAACAAAUUAAACGUUGUGAUUCACAUCCACACACUGGGUGUCUUUUAUGAAGCCAGAGUCGAAGCGGCGGGACGGCAGUUUCCCUCCUGUUUUCUGACUCCUGUUUGCCGGCAAAGUGGAUCCGGAGCUAACGGCUAACUAGCCGCCGAGCUAACGGCUAACUAGCCGCCGAGCUAACGCUACAGCUAGCAGGCUAACCCCCAACACAAAGGACGACUCUGGCCGGUGUUAGUGUCUUAUCCAUCCCGUAUCACCCCGUUGAAUGAGGACUGAGUCUCCUGCGCAGGUUGAUCAUGGUGCUGACAGGGAAGCGCUCGGAGAAAGGUCCGGCCUGCUGGAAGAGGAGAGUGAAGUCUGAGUACAUGAGGCUCCGGCAGCUCAAACGCUUCAGACGGGCCGACGAGGUCAAGAGCAUGUUCAACACCAACCGCCAGAAAAUCAUGGAGCGAACGGACAUAUUGAACCAGGAGUGGAAGACCAGGCGGAUCCAGCCGGUUCACAUCAUGACGUCUGUCGGCUCUCUGAGAGGAACCCGAGAGUGCACGGUGGACAGCGGGUUCUCCGAGUUCCCUAGGCAGGUCAUCCCCCUGAAGACUCUGAACGCCGUGGCCUCGGUCCCCGUCAUGUACUCCUGGUCCCCACUGCAGCAGAACUUCAUGGUGGAGGAUGAGACGGUGCUCCAUAACAUUCCCUACAUGGGAGACGAGAUCCUGGACCAGGACGGCACUUUCAUAGAAGAGCUCAUCAAGAAUUAUGACGGCAAAGUUCACGGAGACAGAGAGUGCGGCUUCAUCAACGACGAGAUCUUCGUGGAGCUGGUCAGCGCUCUGUCGCAGUACAGCGACAACGAGGACGAGGAGGAGGAGGAAGAGCAGGACUUCAAGGUGGACAAGAUGGAGAUCUGUGACGGCAAGGAGCACCAGGAGGACCCCCGCAAGGACGGACUCCUCACCACUGAGAGCCGAACCAGCAGUGACGGCACCAAGAAGUUUCCCUCCGACAAGAUUUUUGAAGCCAUCUCGUCCAUGUUCCCUGACAAGGGCUCCACCGAGGAGCUCAAAGAGAAGUACAAGGAGCUGACGGAGCAGCAGCUGCCCGGCGCUCUGCCUCCUGAGUGCACGCCGAACAUCGACGGGCCCAACGCUCGCUCCGUGCAGCGCGAGCAGAGCCUGCACUCCUUCCACACGCUGUUCUGCAGACGCUGCUUCAAAUACGACUGUUUCCUGCACCCUUUCCAUGCGACUCCAAACACCUACAAGAGAAAGAACCUGGAGAACCUGGUGGACAGUAAACCGUGCGGCAUCGACUGCUACAUGUACCUGGUGCAGGACGGGAUGGUGAACGAGUAUCCGGCCGGCGUGGUCGGCGAGCGAGCCAAGACGCCGUCCAAGCGGCCGGUGGGCCGCCGCCGCGGACGGCUGCCCAACAGCAACAGCCGGCCCAGCACGCCCUCCGUCUCCUCGGAAACCAAAGACACGGACAGCGACCGCGAGGGCAGCAAGGAGGACGAGAGAGACAACGACAACGACAAAGACGACGAGGACAAGAAGGACGAGAACACCAGCAGCUCAGAGGGUAACUCUCGGUGUCAGACUCCGGUGAAGAUGAAGCUGACGGGCGAGGCCGAGGCGGUGGAGUGGAGCGGCGCCGAAGCUUCUCUCUUUAGGGUUCUCAUCGGGACGUACUACGACAACUUCUGCGCCAUCGCACGACUCAUCGACACCAAAACCUGCAGACAGGUCUACGAGUUCAGGGUGAAGGAGUCGAGCAUCAUCGCCCGCGCUCCGGCUGAAGACGAGGACACGCCGCCCCGCAAGAAGAAGAGGAAACACAGACUGUGGGCCACUCACUGCAGGAAGAUCCAGCUGAAGAAAGACGGCUCGUCCAAUCACGUGUACAACUACCAGCCAUGUGACCACCCGCGGCAGCCCUGUGACUCCUCCUGUCCCUGCGUCACCGCACAGAACUUCUGCGAGAAGUUCUGCCAGUGCAGCUCUGAGUGUCAGAACCGUUUCCCGGGCUGUCGCUGCAAGGCUCAGUGUAACACCAAGCAGUGUCCGUGCUACCUGGCGGUGAGGGAGUGCGACCCCGACCUCUGCCUGACCUGCGGCGCCGCCGACCACUGGGACAGCAAGAACGUGUCCUGCAAGAACUGCUCCAUCCAGAGAGGAGCCAAGAAGCACCUGCUGCUGGCUCCGUCAGACGUGGCCGGUUGGGGAAUCUUCAUCAAAGAGCCGGUUCAGAAGAACGAGUUCAUCUCCGAGUACUGUGGAGAGAUAAUCUCUCAGGAUGAAGCCGACCGCAGAGGGAAAGUCUACGAUAAAUACAUGUGCAGCUUCCUCUUCAACCUCAACAACGAUUUUGUUGUUGACGCCACGAGGAAAGGCAACAAGAUCCGCUUCGCCAACCACUCGGUCAACCCCAACUGCUAUGCAAAAGUGAUGAUGGUGAACGGGGAUCACAGGAUAGGAAUCUUUGCUAAGAGAGCCAUCCAGACCGGAGAGGAGCUCUUCUUCGACUACAGGUACAGCCAGGCGGACGCUCUGAAGUACGUGGGGAUCGAGCGGGAGAUGGAGAUCGCCUGACUCGGACUUCUACCUCCUGUGGAUCGACGACACAAAGGCCUUACACUCACACACAAACAAACACACCUGCACUUCAGGAAAAAUCCAGACGACUCGUCAAAAUGCUAGAAAGCUUCAGGAAAACUGGGAAUAUUUGAAGCAGAAUUUUGAUGCUGUGUUUUUUUUUUUUUGUUUAGUUUUGUUUUGCCACCUUUUCAACUUUUCAUAUCUGUUUAUCUUUUUUUUUUUUUUCUUCUGUCAACAAAUCUUGGUCUUCUGUCGAGGCGGGAGAAUCUCCCCUCAGCUGGAGGUGCACGUCACCUACGAACUGACUCCUGUUUUUUUUAUAAUUCCAAACAGUAAAUGUUUCUGCUGACAGGAGAUGAACGCGUCUUUUUUUUUUUUUUUUUUUUUUUCCAAAACUGGCUUUUCAAUUCAAGCUUCAGGGACCAAAAACCCUCCACCAGCUGCUUUCACACAACCGUCUGGACUCUGUUUGUAGCGAGUGCCACAUGUGGCUCGUUUUGUUUUCUCCGAUGUGACGUGAACCAGCCGAACGCUCCGCAGACUGUCUGUAAACCAGGACGCCGUCACAGAGCAGCGUCACCACAGCAACACACACUUCUACUACUUUCAGAGCCACACAGACACGUUUUGAUCACAUACACACACUCGCUGGUAUUAACCCAUUGAGGCCUGAAAAACCGCUGGGCGAUUUUAAAAUAAGCCUCUAAUUUUCUGGAAAUUCUGGAAAAAAAAAGUGUGAACUCUUCUACUAAAUAAUAGAUUUUUCAGCCUCUGUAGCAGAUAGAAAUUAAAUUCAAAAAGUAUUUGAAAGCUUAAUACAAAUACUACAAAACGACGUAAACGCUUUCCAGGCUUCAAUGGGUUAAUUAAACAAGUUUAGUAGACAUGAAGGGAUUAGUCAGUUCAGUUUAUCUGCCAUAAACGUCUUUAUUAUGUUAGAUUAAUUAACCCAUUUAGGCCUAAAAAACCUGGAAAAAAUGCCUGUAAAAUCAGCCCCUAAACCUGAAGUUUUUCUGGAACAGAAGUGUCAACGCUUCCUACUAAAUAAUAGAUUUUAAUGGUAGAAUAACGCAACAGCGCCCCCGGUUUUAAUGGUAGAAAUGCGGUAAUGCUUUCCCGGCUUAAAUGGGUUAAUACAGAACUUUUUGGGAACGUGUUAUGGACAAAAUUCACUAUUUUCCAACCAACAACAAUUACAACCCAAAGAUAAUAGUCAGCAAAAUAAAGGAAACACGUUCGACAAAAGCACCAUUUUUUUUCCACAUGCUCUCCAUCUCCAUGAGUUUACAUUUUUGAUGGGAGCCAUAUAAAGUCUAUGAGAACCAAUAUAUCUUCCAAGCCACUCAGAAGGUCAAUAUUGGUGUCAAAAUCCACAUUUUCUGGGUCAAAUAAUCAUUUAAAACUGUUGAGAAUAUCACUAGAUGAUUAUUUGAUCGAAUUUUGUUAUUUUAUUUUAAUAUAUGUCCAACCGCUUGGGAACUGAGUUGGAUAUUAUGUAAAUAAAAGGCCAAAAUGAACAUAUCUAUUUGAUCAAAAACCUUCUAAGUGUAUAAAACUGCUUUAAAAUGAUGUUAAAAUUGAGGGUAAAUUAGAUAUUCAGUUUAUAUUAAGAUUCAAAUAAAUCUUAAUAUAAAAGAGGGAGAUAAAAUUCUAACAUUGGAUCCGCAAAGUUCUGCUAUUUAUUAGAAAUUAUUCUGAAGUUAGUUUGGGGAAAUAAACCUCAGUCAGGCUGACUUUUAUUUUGUAGGGCUCACUAAAAUAAACCUGAUAAAACAGGACGAUGUCGCUCAAAGCUCCACAAACACGAUCAGAUCUCAGAUAUUU